UGUAACAUAACCUAAAAGUUUCAUGACGAUUCUCUGUCCAUUGAAAUGAUUGGUAUUAAAUGUCAAUCGUUAUGUUUAGACUGAAUUUGUCAAUACUAAGAAACUUUUGAAAAUUGUUCAUUGCAAACUAAAACAACAGCAGUUUUCAUUAAAAUCAACAAUGGAAAACAGCAAUGAAGACAAGAGAAAACCUCAUAGAGAACGACACUCAGGUCGAAAGGCAGAAAAGAAAAAAUUGAAAAAUGAACAUGUCCAAGAGAAGACCGACAAGCAACGCAACCCUAAAGCUUUUACGUUUAAUUCUGCUGUUCGUGCAGAACGACGCUUCAGGAGGACUCAAGACAUACAGACCAAGAAGCAGCAUGUUCCUGUGGUGGAUCGCACUCCGUUGGAACCCCCUCCGAUCAUGGUGGCAGUGGUGGGUCCGCCCAAGGUGGGAAAGUCCUCUCUCAUACAAUGCUUGAUCAAGAGCUUCACGAGACAACCUCUUACUACCAUCAAGGGACCUGUGACUGUUGUCUCAGGCAAGAAACGCAGAAUUACCCUGGUGGAAUGUAACAACGACAUCAACAGUAUGAUAGACCUGGCAAAAGUUGCAGACUUGGUUUUACUCUUAAUAGACGCCAGUUUUGGUUUUGAAAUGGAGAUAUUUGAGUUUUUGAACAUCUGCCAGGUCCAUGGUAUGCCUAAAGUUAUGGGUGUUUUGACUCAUCUGGAUAUGUUGAAGAACGCCAAAACACUAAAACGUACAAAGAAAGUACUGAAACACAGGUUCUGGACAGAAGUUUAUGCAGGAGCUAAGCUUUUCUAUCUUUCUGGACUACUUCAUGGUGAAUAUCUGCGGAAUGAGGUCAAAAACCUUGGCCGCUUUAUAUCGGUGAUGAAAUUCCGACCGUUGACAUGGCAGACGACUCACUCAUAUUUGCUCGCUGAUAGAUUAGAAGAUCUUACUCCACCUGAAAUGAUUCGACAGAACCCGAAGGUAGAUAGAACAGUCAGUCUUUACGGUUACGUCCGUGGGAUUCCCCUUAACAAGGCCUGCAGUGUUCAUAUACCUGGAUGUGGUGAUUCUGUGAUCAGCGAUGUCUGUUUUCUGCCCGACCCUUGCCCUCUGCCUGAUCGACUCAAGAAGCGUUGUCUUGUAGACAAGGAGCGACUCAUCUACGCUCCGUUUUCCGGUGUGGGCGGCAUCGUUUACGACAAAGACGCUGUUUACAUAGAACUUGCCGGUAGCCACUCUCAUCACAACCAGGUCACAGGAAGAGAUGAGUCAGAGAGAGGUUUAGUUUCCUCCCUGCUAGAUACCAAGGAGACACUGGACGCUAAAAUUGCAAAGAGUCAAAUGCAGAUAUUUUCCAACACUGCGCCUAUCACUGCGGAUGAUUUCCAAUCGAACUCAGUUAAAAAGGUAAAAAACACAAUCACAGAAUUGAAAAUACCUGAUCCAGAAAGUGGGCGUGAUAGGAGAAAAGCUGUUUUUGAAACAGAAGAUGAUGAUUUGGAUAUUAAAUCUGAGGACGAAGAAGAAAGUGACGAAGAAGAUGCUGUCGUGGAACAGUCUGAAGAUGAAUCAGAUGAGGAGGAAAAUAAUCAAGAAGAGGAAGAUAGUGAAGACAGUGAUGAAAACGAGAGUUCAGAUGAUGAAAAUAUGAUUAAUAGUAAAAUGAAGAAGAAUGGCGGUACCAGUAACCGAGUUGAGGAGGAUAGUGAAGACGAGAGUUCAGAAGAUGACAGUGUGAUCCAUAACACAAAAACGAAAAACUCCAGUACUCUUAAAAUAAAAAGUGGAAAGAUAAGUCUAGGAGCUAAAAGUGCAAGUGUUGGUUAUUCAUCAAAUACCAAAGAAAAACAUAAAAAAGAUGAGACCGAAGAUAAAUCAAAUAGAAAUGGGAAGAAACGUAAAUCCGUAAAGAACUUGGGUGCGGAAGAUGAUUCUUCUGGCAGUGAUGAUGUACAAGAAAGCUUAGUCAGUAAAAGAAAGAAAGUUACCGAAGAAGAAAAGAAAGAAGAAGUAAGGUACCAUGCAACACAGUCUGACAGAGACAAAGAAAUCAAGACUAAAAUUGCUGAAGCGCUGCAAAAGCUUCAAAAUCCUAAAAAGAAGGAUUCCCAGUCUGGGUUGACUGAUAGUGCAUUUUCUGACGAUGGAAGUUCAGAAGCUUCAGGAAAUAUCUCACAACCUGAGAGUAGUGAAGAUUCUGAUGAAGAAUCUGGAACAGAAAUGAAGAAUGUAGGUAGUUCUGAUGAAGAUGAAAUGUCCAUCAAAUCAGAGCCAAGUAGUGACGAUGAUGAAGAUACAACAGCUUUUAGUUGGAAGGCAAAUCUUGCACAAAAAGCUGCAGAUGCAUUUGUUGAGAGACAAAACAGCACAGCAAACCUUUGGAAAUUGGUUUAUGGUCAAGAUGAAAAUGAGCAACCUCAAGAAAACAAAGAAGAAGAGGAUGAAGAAGUUGCUGGGCUUUUCAGAGUUGUUGGGAAGAAACAAGAAAAGAAAAUCCAGGAGAAGGAUUCGAUGAAUGCGCCCGACUCUUCUAAAUUUGUUCAAUCUCAGCUGAGGGAUUGGUCAGCCGAGGCAGUGAGGGAAAUGAUCAAGGAUUGUUUUGUGACUGGGAAGUGGAAGAGUACCGAGGAUGCUGGAGAAUUGCUCCGUUUGGAUGAUAUGUCUGAUGAAGAGAUGUACGGGGAUUUUGAAGAUCUGGAGACAGGGGAAAAGCACACGUCUAAGGGUAAAGGGAAGGAUGUGGCUGAAAGCGAUGGUGAUGAUGAUGAUGAAGAAAGUGAAGAAAAGCCUAAUGAGAAACCAAUGACAAAAGCUGAGUUAAUAGAAAAGAAGAAGAAGUUAAAAGAGAGGUUUGAUGCUGAAUAUGAUGAAAAGGACGGGGGAGAGACGUCAUUUUACGAUGACUUGAAAAAAGAAGCUUCUCAACAAUCUGAGUUGAACCGUAGCCAGUUCGAAGGACUGGAUGACGCAGUGAGGGUGCAGCUAGAGGGGUUCAGAGCUGGUAUGUACGUACGUGUCGAGCUGCAGCAGAUGCCUUGUGAGCUGGUGACCAACUUUGACCCGACCUAUCCCCUCAUAGUUGGUGGGCUGCAGCCUGGCGAAGAGAACAUUGGAUAUCUCAAGGUCAGAAUAAAAAAACACAGAUGGUACAAAAAAAUCUUGAAAACCAGAGAUCCUUUGAUAAUUUCUUUGGGAUGGAGAAGAUUUCAGACGUUAGCGAUAUAUUCUAAACUUGAAGAUAAUCUCAGGCACAGAAUGCUGAAAUACACUCCUGAACACGUGGUUUGCAUGGCUCAUAUGUGGGGACCGAUCACCAGGCCUAACACUGGGUUUCUGGCUGUGCAAGAUGUGGCCAGUAAACAGGCAGGUUUCCGCAUAGUUGCCACUGGGUCUGUGGUAGAUUGUAACAAGUCUACCGAUGUUACAAAGAAACUGAAGUUAACAGGAGUUCCGUUGAAGAUUUAUAAGAAAACUGCCUUCAUCAAGGGAAUGUUCAAUUCUGCGUUGGAAGUCGCCAAGUUUGAAGGAGCUCGAAUAAAAACGGUUUCAGGCAUCAGAGGAAUCAUAAAAAAAGCUGUCAACAAACCCGAGGGAGCUUUUCGAGCUACUUUUGAGGACAAAAUUCAACUUAGUGACAUAGUGUUUUGCCGAACAUGGUACCAAGUGGACAUCCCGAAGUUGUACAACCCUGUGACAUCGUUGCUGUUACCUCCGGAUCAGAAGAAUCUGUGGCGAGGGAUGAAGACUGUUGGUCAGCUCAAGAGGGAACGAGGACUGCGAAGCGAGCCUCAGAACGACAGCUUGUACACGCCUGUUGAGAGAGAACCGGUUGCCUUCAAACCACUGGUGAUACCUAAGAAACUCCAGAGGGCUCUCCCUUACAAGGACAAGCCCAAGGUUUUGGCCCCUGUGAAGACCAAAGAGAAGGUGGCUGUGAUCAGAGAUGUGCAGGAGGCCAAGGUUGCAUCAAUGAUGAAAAGACUGAAGACAAUAUACAACCAAAAACAAGAAGAUGAAAGAAAAGCUAAAGUAAAACGGCUGAGAGAAUUGAAGAAGAAAAUCGAAGCAGAAGAAACUAGAAAGCUACAGAAGCAGAGGACAAUGAAAAAAGAAGUGUUCAGGACCUUAAGUAAAGCAGACGCUAAAAAAACUAAAUUCUGAAUGUAGCUUUUGUGAGUUCCUCUUUUCACACUCAAGGUGUAAGAUAAGCACAUAUUUUUAUCGUCUUGAGGUAUUUAAUUUUAUAAUUUGUUGACAGAUCAGAACAACCACUUAAGUGCCAACAAAAUUAGAAAAGUGAACAUUAAUAAUACCGUUAGAAAGUGUUAUGUUAAUGAAUGAUGUAUCAUAAGACACAAGGACCUAGGUUUUAAUUUAUAAUGAUUUCCGUUUUGUUAGCAGACUUACUUGAGGGAAAAACAUCAAAUACCAAAAAUUAACGCAAAUAGGUACACCAAAAUACACGAGAAUACAACAUAAGCAGAGACACAGAAUUUAUUGCACUGUAUGAGGGGGCAGACUCAGGUUCCCGGCCGUCAACUGAAGCUUAUUGCGCAUUUUGUUUGUAUCAGUUUGUUUUGUACUCUUUCCUACUCAGAUAAGCCUGAUCCCAACUUAACCCCUUAUAAAUAUUAAAUCUGAAGGGAAGAUAUUAAAAUUGCUUGUAUUUUAAAAUUUUUGCUUCAUACAAUUCAGCUUCAGUAAUAUUGAACCACAUCAUUUAACUAUAUUUAUUGUACCUACUAAUUAUUUUGAAAGACAAUAGACCACAAGAUUUGUCAUACCUUGUACAAAGGCCAAAAAAUACAACUGUUGUUUUUUAUCAUUGAAGUUACACGUGAAAGUGACUGUUAUUUUUUUAUAAAUGGUUGAAACUGUUUUGUAAAUACAAUAUUUUAAAAGUAA